UUAAAGAUAGCCAGAAUGGCCGAAAAGGGUGAUAAUGAAAAAAUGGCUGCUCUGGAGGCCAAAAUCUGUCAUCAGAUUGAGUAUUACUUUGGUGACUUCAAUUUGCUACGUGACAAAUUUUUAAAGGAACAGAUCAGACUGGAUGAAGGCUGGGUACCUUUGGAGAUAAUGAUAAAGUUUAAUAGAUUAAACCAUCUAACAACAGACUUUAAUGUAAUAGUGGAAGCACUGAGCAAAUCAAAGGCAGAACUCAUGGAAAUAAGUGAAGAUAAAACUAAAAUUAGAAGAUCUCCAAGCAAACCCCUCCCUGAAGUGACUGAUGAGUAUAAAAAUGAUGUAAAAAACAGAUCUGUUUAUAUUAAAGGCUUCCCAACUGAUGCAACCCUUGAUGACAUAAAAGAAUGGUUAGGAGAUAAAGGUCAUGUACUAAAUAUUCAGAUGAGAAGAACAUUGCACAAAGCAUUUAAGGGAUCAAUAUUUGCUGUAUUUGAUAGCAUUGAAUCUGCUAAGUUUGUUGAGACCCCUGGCCAGAAGUACAAAGACACAGACAUGCUAAUACUUUUCAAGGAAGAUUACUUUGCAAAAAAAAAAAAAAAAUGAAGAAAGCAAAAUAAAAUGGAAGCUAAAUUACAAGCUAAACAAGAGCAAGAAGAAAAACAAAAGUUAGCAGAAAAUGCUGAAAUGAAAUCUCUAGAAGAAAAGAUUGGCUGCUUGCUGAAAUUCUCGGGAGACUUAGAUGAUCAGACGUGUAGAGAAGGUUUGCACAUCCUUUUCUCAAAUCAUGGUGAAAUAAAAUGGACAGACUUUGUCAGAGGAGCCAAAGAGGGAAUAAUUCUAUUUAAAGAAAAAGCUAAGGAAGUGCUGGAUGAAGCAAAAGAUGCAAAUAAUGGUAACCUACAAUUAAGGAACAAAGAAGUCACCUGGGAAGUACUAGAAGGAGAUGUGGAAAAAGAAGCAUUGAAAAAAAUAAUAGAAGAUCAACAAGAACCCCUAAACAAAUGGAAAUCAAAAGGUCGCAGAUUUAAAGGAAAAGGAAAGGGAAAUAAAGCUGUCCAGACUGGAUCUGCUAAAAGAAAAGUACAGUUUCAGGGUAAGAAAACUAUAUUUGAUAGUGAUGAUGAACAUGAUGAAAACAGUGCAUCUGGACCAGUAAAAAGAGCAAGAAAAGAAACAGACAAUGAAGAACCUGAAACAAAACAACAGAAAACAGAAAAUGGUGCUGGAGACCAGUAG